AUGGAUUUGGGUAAGUUAUUUCUUGUUUUGCCUACUCUUUAGGGGUUUAAUUUCGAAACAGAGCAAGGAACUUGGAUUUAAAUUUUCGAAAAAAGAAUUUUGAGGCUGAAAAUGGAGUAUAAGAUAUUGGAAAUGAGGUUGGAAACAAUGAUAACAUGAAAAAUUAAUGAGAAUAUAAUUAAUUUUGCUCUUUAUUAAACCAGAAAGUUAUUUCACAACAGUUUCAACAUAAAAAAUGUACAGAAAUCACAUUUUUGCCCCAAAAAACCGCAAAAACAAUAUUUUGUCGAGAAGUUUUCGAAGGGAAAACAUGUGUUUCUCCGUAUUUUAGCUAACAAUUUUGAAUUAAUUUCGGUAAAAAUUAGUUCAUUAGAUCAAUAGACAAUAGUUUUAUACCCAAAAUAUAGCUUUGCCAUAAAAAAGUUGAAGAAAAACUAAAAUCAGAAUUAACAGGAAUUUUUCGGAGAAAAAUUAUAUUUUUAGGUAUAUUGGGUAAAUAUUUGAUCAACUAGCUCUUGUUUUAAGAUACUAGGUAGUUUAUUAAUACCUCUAGUAACUAUAGACGCUAUUAAUUUUGUUUAAAAUUUCUGGAACGUUUAAGAAUCGUCAUUUCCUCGUAUGUUAUUCAUCCGAAGUAUGAUCGAGUCGUUAGAUGUAAAAAAAACUAUGUUGAUCAUUGAAUUAUUCAUGUUUUUGAAUUUAAAUAUCAAAGACAAUAGAUUUUACUCCUCAUUUUUAUAAGGAGCUUGAUUUUUAUUGAAUUUGAGAGGAAUUAUAUUGUUUUAGAGGUGCGUAGUAAAGAUAGCUUUGAUUCAAUAUGGAAAUGGUUUUAUUUUGGUAAAAUACGUUUUGAUUUAGCUAAAGGGAUGUUUUAUGAAGCUUAUAAACUUUAUUUGAUCUUAUUUUACUUUUUUUGUUGAUGUGAAUUAAACGAUAUUGUUUUAGUUGAUCCUUUGGCAGAGCCUUGUGCCGUUUGUGGCGACAAAAGUACGGGUACACAUUAUGGAGUGGUCAGUUGUAAUGGGUGUAAAGUAAGUGUUAUCAGCUUUGAUUUUUUAUUGGUUUAGGGGUUCUUUCGACGUACUAUCCUCAGGAAUCAGCGAUUCGUGUGCAGGUUCAACAAGCAAUGUGUUAUAGACAAAAACUUCCGAUGUGCUUGCCGAUUCUGUCGUUUUCAGAAGUGUUUGACUGCUGGGAUGAAGCGAGAAGGUUUGUGUCUCUAUUCAAAUUGUACUUUGCUUUUAUAUUGUUUCAUGAAUCACUAGGAAAAUCAAUUUUUUAGCUAAUAUCAGCAUAUCAGCUGCUAAAUCAAUUUUUCUGUUUCAGCGAUUCAAUUUGAACGUGAUACGAUAGGAUCGCCGAAGAAAGGAGGACGACCUGGUUCUCCAUCAAUGCAGGCUGGACCAUCAGGAAUGCAACAGCCAGAUGAUGGAUCAUCUGAUGUUAUUGAUGUGCUCAUGGAGAUGGAGAUGCGGGUAAACGAGGAAAUGGCACAGAGGUGAGUGUUUAUAUUUAUAUUUUAUGUUUAGGAGAAGGUUUGAAAGACUUUAUUUAAGCUUGGUAACAUAUUGUUUUAGGUCUCUUUUGGCCUGUUGUUUUAGUUGGAGGUGUAAGAGUUUAAAAAUAUUGAAAAAUUGGGAUUAAAAAUGCGUUCCAAUUAGUAUUUUAAUGGUUUUAGUAUCUUAACAGGUGCUUUUCAAAAAUUAUCUUUAUUAAAAAUUAAGAUUAAAGAUUAUUUUUAAAUAUUUUAAUUGUUUAGAUAUCGAAAUUCAAUGUUGUCACAAGCGAAUGCCAACGAUAACGACCCAAAUGCCGACCUCAAGGCUUGUACAGUCGACGAUCUGAACGAAAUCAGCCGAACCACUUUGUUAUUGAUGGUAGAUUGGGCCAAAAGUCUUUCUCCAUUCCCGGAACUUAACAUGGAGGAUAAGAUAAUAUUGCUGAAGAACUACGCUCCUCAACACUUGAUUCUGAUGCCAGCAUUCCGAAGUCCGGACACGACCCGGGUUUGUCUGUUCAACAACACUCGAGAACAGAACAAUGGGCCGGCCGAGCUGAACGGGUUCGCUGCCUUCAAGACCUCGAACAUCACGCCGAGAGUGUUGGACGAGAUCGUGUGGCCAAUGAGACAGCUUCAGAUGAAGGAACAAGAGUUUGUGUGUCUGAAAGCAUUGGCUUUUCUUCAUCCAGAAGCUAAAGGAUUGAGCGCCUCGAGUCAGACGUUGAUCAGAGAGGCGAGGAACAAGGUCCUGAAGGCCUUGUACUCCUUCAUCAUGAGCCAGAAUCAAGAAGAAGCCCCCACACGAUAUGGCAACAUCCUAUUGUUGGCUCCAGCCCUGAAGGCGCUCACGCAACUCCUGAUCGAGAACAUGACUCUGACCAAGUUCUUUGGGCUAGCUGAAGUCGACUCUCUGCUCUCCGAGUUCAUUUUGGAUGAUCUCAAUGAUCAGAGUUCGGCGCCGGCUUCACUCAAAGAACACUUAUCAUCGGCGGCCCCGACCUACACUAGUGGAUCAUCGACUCACUUGAAUAACAUGCAAACUAACUCAAUGUCAAAUGCAAUGAUGCAGAAUGUUGCGUCGUCGCUUCCGAAUUCAUCGUUGGCUUCAAUGGCCGGGCCUUCCAAUAUGAUGGCAGGGACUUCGGCUUCAAUGAUGGGUGGAGCGCUUCAGAAUUUCAACUCUUCACAGUCUUCGGUUCAUGGUGCUGGAGCUCCUCUUCAUGGGGCUUCUGGAACGUCGCUUCAUGGACUUUCAGCAGCAUCCUUGAUCCACGGUACUUCAGCUUCUUCUUUCCAUGGAGCUUCUGGAGCCACACUUCACAACGUGUCUUCAUCGUCACUUCAUGGAGCAUCAUUACAUAACCAAUCAGCCUCAUCCUUCCACAAUCAACUAUCAUCUUCUCUACAUGACGCUUCAUCUCUUCAAGGUGUUUCAAGUCUUCAAGGAGCGUCAUCCCUUCACGGUGUAGCCACUUCAAUGCAAUCCAACCUCCUACAAGGUGUCAGCACGUCAAUGCACGGCGUAGAAAACAUGCAGAUGCCUUCAAUCUCAAUGCAAGGCACGUCGAGCACGAUGCAGCCUCCCACCUCAACCCUCAACUUCAACAACGUCUCACAGUACUAUCAACCCAACAUGAACAAUAUGAUGAUGCCCACCCUGACUCCCAUCUACAGUCAGAAUCAAAUGAAUCCACCCAACCAAAGCGGCCAAACUCCAACGGAUCAGGUAAUGACCAUGCUCUGA